GCAGUGCCAAGCUGACUCUCAGACAGAUGGAGACUGGCGCCAUUUGGACGAUGUAGCUUGUCGCUUUUCCUGGGGGUGAAUACUCUCAUUGUUGUAGACAUUCUCAUUUUUGUUCUACUCUUCGGCUUAGUAUCAGCCUCUUUCUUGUUUUUGGCCUUUGCGAGAUCCUUGCCACAACAGAUCCCUCCGCGCAAACCAUAUAUUCACUAAUUCUAAUCGAUUCACCUCCUGGACCUUUCUGCCGCGCCCCCAAACCCGUGCUUGCGCGCUCAGAGAUUCUUCCACCACGAACUUCACAUCCAGUGAUGGCUUCUCCUCGACCUCAAUUCCCAAAUCCAGGCUAUCUACCCAACGGUACUUCUGGCCCGACCCCAGGAGCACAGGCUCUUCUUCCCAACAAUGGCCGAGUCAUCCAGUCCGGUCCUGUCCGCGUCCUAUGCAUCGCCGAUGUGAGAGGAAACCUCCGAUCCCUGAACGACCUGGCGAGGACUGCGAGGGCCGAUUACAUCCUACAUACCGGUGAUUUUGGUUUCUACGACCACACUUCAUUAGAGAGAAUAGCCGAGAAGUAUGGAGACCAAUUCACUCCAAGAUCAGCAUACUGAACCGAAUUUAGGACUCUGAAGCACGUCGCGCAAUAUUCACCUCUUCUCAGCGAACCUGUCAAGCGACAGAUCGCUCAGCCGAAUCCAUCGCGACCGGUCAAACAGAUGUUUUCGCCCGAUCAACUCCCUCUUUCGGAGCUGCCUCUCCUUUUGAAUAAGCAGAUCACCCUCGACGUACCUGUCUACACGGUAUGGGGCGCUUGUGAAGAUGUGCGCGUCCUCGAACGAUUUAGAUCGGGGGAAUACAAAGUUGACAACCUACACAUCAUUGACGAAGUCAAUUCAAGAUUACUGGACAUUGGUGGUGUCAAACUGCGCUUAUUGGGUCUGGGAGGUGCCGUCGUCAUUCACAAGCUCUUUGACAAUGGCGAAGGCAAGACAUACAUUGCAGGGGGUCAAGGAACAAUGUGGACGACGCUGCUGCAAAUUGGUUCUCUGAUCGAUACCGCCAACCGUGUCUACGAUCCCUCAGAAACCCGAAUUUUCCUGACUCACGCCUCGCCUGCGAGAGAUGGAAUUCUCAACCAACUCUCCGUCACACUCAAGGCCGACUUCUCCAUCUCCGCUGGUCUACACUUCCGUUACGGCAGCUCUUACAACGAGUUCUCCGUGAAUCCUUCCCUGGACCACUAUCGUGGCAAGCUGGCUGCUUCAAAGGCUUCGUUCCAGGAUGUGUGGGAAACAGUCAAGAUGGAUGUUGAGCAAGCCAUCGAGUCCAACGCAAGUCACAAACAACUCCUGCACAGUGCUUUGGAUAUCAUCGAAAAGAUGCCUAGCACUGCCAACGGAGGCAAUCCAUUCGGCGGUCCAGUUGGUGGUGGAGGUGCCGCAGGUCAAGUGGACGAAAGUGCAUUCAAAAACAUGUGGAAUUUCAACCUUGCCGAUGCUGCCUUUGGCUAUCUUGUUCUGGAAAUUGAAGGGGGUCGCAUUGGCACAGAAAUGCGCGCCCAAGGCUUCAACUUUGCCCACCGCGGCAAGCAACCCAACAUCGGUCAGGCCGGUCAGCAGCAGCAGGUUACAUCUGCACAACAAGCUCCGGUCCCAGCACCACCUUCCGCCGCUCCAACCGGUCCAGGCCAAAACCGCACCCCUGCUUUCCCGGCUCCGGUUCAGCCUUUCCCACAACAGCAGAAGCCCGGGCAACAGCAAGGAAGAGCCAACCAACCAAGUCAACAAGGGCCAGGUGCAAAGGCAGCCACUCCACCAGUCACAGGAUCUCCCGCACCACCUGUCACUCAAGGAAAACCCAUGACGCCCCAGCCAUCGAGCGCCGCAGUGCCAGCUACUACCUCGUUGGAUGCCAAGCCCAUGCUACCCGCUACGAACGGUAGCAGUGCAGAUAGGGCAGCUGACAGUGAGGCGUCCAAAGCGAAGACUGCGGCCCCUGCUAUUGAGCGCAAGGCGCCUACUGCCCUCUAUAUGUCGUUUGUGGACACGGAGGAGGCGGCCAAGGAAUGCGUGGCAGAAGAGGACCGAGAGAAGGUCAAAUCAAUUGUACGGAUAGGAAAGUUCGGCAAUUGGAAAGUUCAAUUUGAGGAUCACGAAACUGCCCAAGCUGCUUUGACACGCUCUCAAGCCGAAGUAUUGAAACACAAAGGUCCCAAUGGCAAGCCUCCUAAGGUUAUGUUCUUUGAGGAACGAGGCGGUGGAGCCCACCAGCGUGACAGCCAUAGUCAAGGCGGUGCGGGAACCUGGCAAGGCAGCAGUCGAGGUGCUUCAGCUGCAGGCUCUGGACCUUCCCGAGGGGGUUACCAGAGUGGAGGAGCAAGUGAUAGCGAAGGUGGCCGUGGUCGAGGCGGGUUCCGCGGUCGCGGUCGUGGCCGUGGCGACGAUCGAAGUGGCCGAGGUGGCCGUGGUGGACGAGGAGGCUUCAACAAAACGGCUGAAGGAACCUCAGACAGCCGACCAUCCAACGACUCCAAGUCAAAUGACUCCAAGCCACCGGCAACUUCAGGUGAUAGCUGAGUCUGUCGACACCGUGAUUUCACCAUAUCUUAUUGAGUCUCGAGUAUGGAGAGCGAAGGAAUCCCCGGCGAGAUUUUUCAGCGAAAUGGUCGGGUUGUGUGCAUUAUGAAGGCGCCAUAAGGAUGUCAAAAUGGUGGGUACUUUGGCCGGAGUAGAGAACAGGCUGAGGUUCCGACCAGGACAUGGGGGUUUCCUUCUGAGGCUUGGAGGCACUUCCUUCAACCAUGUGUAUUCUACCCUUUUUCUUCUUGUUAGAAAAGAGAAAAGUCAAUAGUGAGCUGGAGCAAGAAGCGGAUAUCCAAUGGAACAGAUUAAAGAAGA